UUGAGAGUUAAAAAUUGUUUAGACUGAAAACUUACCGUUGACUUGUAACUUGUUGUAGCAGUUGAACUACAAAAAGAAAAGAGAAAAAAAAAACAGAGCAACGAAUCCAACAUCACCAACAAACACACAAACUGUCUGUCCUCUUGUCUUAUUCGUCAUCUCUUCUGCUCUUCUCUUGAUCCUUGAGAAUGGCUCUGAACAGUGAGUCUUCGGAAGAAUUUAGUUUUCCAUUGCUUGCUUCCCAAGAUUCUUCCCAAACUUCCGGCACCGAUUCACCUCCACUGUGGAAACACUCGCCGGAGAAAACCCGCCGGGGAUAUGAAGACGGGAGAUUAAUCAUCGGAAGAUACGAUGAUGACAGUCAGAGGAAGAGCUUCUCUUAUGUGGAAACGAGAAGUCUUUGGAACGUUAAUGCAGAGGAGAAAAUGGAUAUGUUGUGGGAAGAAUUCAACGAAGAACCGCCGCCGCCACCGAGAAGCCAGAGUCUCAGGAUCUAUCUCGGCGGAGAUAAAAAAUCGUCUUUGUUUCCCGACGAGAGCUCCGCCGUGGGGUGCGGUAUGAAGUUAACGAAGAAGAGACCGGCAACGAAGAUGAAGAUGAGUACGAACGUGUUGGUGUUAAUGAGGGUAUUGAAGAAAAUUCUUGUUAUUCGGAGUUCGUCUCAGAGAUCACUAGCGAAGACUCAUCCACGGUGAUCUCACCGUGAUAAUUUUUGAUUGAGGGGUUUUUAUGUAGAAUUCAUAAAUUACGGGGCUUUUGUUGAGAACAAAAAAAUAAAAUAAUAGCCUGAAAAAAUAACAUUUGUAGUUUGAUUGGUUCA